GCACCGGCCCCGGAGCCCGGUCCGCGAGCGGCGGCGGCGGCGGCGGCGGCGGCGGCCGGAGGGACCAUGAGCGGCGCGGCGCGGGCGGGCCCGGCCCGGCUCGCGGCGCUGGCCCUGCUGACCUGCAGCCUGUGGCCGACGCGGGCGGACAACGCGAGCCAGGAGUACUACACGGCGCUCAUCAACGUGACGGUGCAGGAGCCCGGCCGCGGCACCCCGCUCACGUUCCGCAUCGACCGCGGGCGCUACGGGCUCGACUCACCCAAGGCCGAGGUCCGCGGCCAGGUGCUGGCACCGCUGCCCAUCCACGGAGUUGCUGAUCAUCUGGGCUGUGAUCCUCAAACACGGUUCUUUGUCCCUCCUAAUAUCAAACAGUGGAUCGCCUUGCUACAAAGAGGAAAUUGCACCUUUAAAGAGAAAAUAUCACGGGCUGCUUUUCACAAUGCGGUUGCUGUAGUCAUCUACAAUAAUAAAUCCAAAGAGGAGCCGGUCACCAUGACUCAUCCAGGCACGGGAGAUAUUAUUGCUGUCAUGAUAACAGAAUUGAGGGGUAAGGAUAUUUUGAGUUAUCUGGAGAAAAACAUCUCUGUACAAAUGACAAUAGCUGUUGGAACUCGAAUGCCGCCAAAGAACUUCAGCCGUGGCUCUCUACUCUUCGUGUCAAUCUCCUUUAUUGUUUUGAUGAUUAUUUCUUCAGCGUGGCUCAUAUUCUACUUCAUUCAGAAGAUCAGGUACACAAAUGCUCGUGACAGGAACCAGCGUCGUCUUGGAGACGCAGCCAAGAAAGCCAUCAGUAAAUUGACAACUAGAACGGUGAAAAAGGGCGAUAAGGAAACAGACCCAGACUUCGAUCACUGUGCAGUCUGCAUAGAAAGCUAUAAGCAGAAUGAUGUUGUUCGGGUUCUCCCCUGCAAGCAUGUUUUCCACAAAUCCUGUGUGGAUCCCUGGCUUAGUGAACACUGUACCUGUCCUAUGUGCAAACUUAAUAUUUUGAAAGCCCUAGGAAUUGUGCCAAAUCUGCCAUGUACUGAUAAUGUAGCCUUUGAUAUGGAAAGGCUGACCAGAACCCAAGCGGUUAACCGGAGAGCAGCCCUUGGUGACCUUGCCGGUGACAGUUCCCUUGGCCUUGAGCCACUGAGAACUUCGGGGAUAUCGCCUCUUCCUCAAGAUGGGGAGCUCACUCCUCGUACGGGUGAAAUCAACAUUGCAGUAACAAGCGGGCACGUCUUUCACCGGAACUCCCUGUCGCCUCGUAGCCUGGUGUAUGAAAGCGAAUUUUCCACAAUCGAACCUUCUUUGGACAUGUAUGAUGAGAACAAAACCUGAUUUUUUUAAAAAACGGGUUAUUGGGGGUCUCUCCUUUUGAGAUUUGAUUUAUGGUCACCUUUCUUACUUUGUAAUCCUCUGUCAUCGUCCAUCUGGGAAGAAUGGCAGUACCUCUGGGUGCAAGUUGGGGUUCAGGGUUAAAUUACAGUGUUCCCCCCGAGGUGAGGUUUGAUGGCAGCAUUAUUGCGCAAGAGAGCCACGUGGUACCACCCCCAAGCUGACCACUGAGUAUGGGCACCUCAGGAGCCUUUCUGUCUCCAGAGAAGAGGUGGGGCCAGUGGUUAAUGACGCAUUUGUUGCCAAUGUGUCCGUGUCCCCAAAUAGUCGCACGCUGUUCUGUGUCAGGGUGGCAUGGGGGUUUUGUAAAAUACAUUUUGUGGUCCUCACAUGCACAGGAAAGCCUGCAGAUGAACCGUCCCACCAAUGCAGAGUAUGAAUCAUGGCUCCUCGACCUGCUUCCCUUUGUCCUCUGUCUCUUAUUGUAUUUUCUGGUAAGAGGCCUCUUCCCAUAGAGUCCUUCAAGAGAAGCUUCAUCUUCCUUUCUCCCUGUGAGACUCCGACCUCCUGUUGUCCUCCAGAGCUGGAAGGACACAGGCCAUGGGGCCCAGAGUCUGCCGUCACAGGAUCAGACAGUCAUCUGCUUUGUCGUUUUCCUGCAUCUGUGAUGAGCAUGACAUAAAAUGACAAGUAUUUACAUAGGCACUGGACAUGGGAGGCAUCUGUCCCUGCUGUCUGUGGUAUCUAUGGGGAGGUGGCACCAGGAGUCUAGCACGAUGACUGCAGGGUAUCAAUAAGGUUAACAGUCAUCAACACCAAAAUAGUUUUGAAUGUUUUAUUGGGAAGUGCAAACCAACAUCCUACAAAUAAAUACCAAAUGAGGCCUCCUCCUCCUCCAUCUUGAUUGUCCAAUCCAGUGCCAUCAUGCCCGCCUCAACACCAACAUGAAGAAACACUGGAGAACUGGCAACCAGACUUACAGAAGGAAAUGCAUGGUAGACACUGGGGACAUGUGUGCUCUUCCCACACAUCCAGAAUGACAUCAAGUUAAUAUAUGAGGAACUUGGGGGACCAGGAUCAAUAAACACCUCCUUUCUGCAGAAGUUUGUGCCACGGUCAGCCUGCUUCUCAUCAGAGCUGGGAAGAUGUCCAGACCCCUGUUAGGAGAAUGCAACACCAGUGUCUAGCCGUGUGCGUGACAACACAACAGGCGGAGAGAGACAGGCUCCCACCCUGACACUUUUAUUGGCUCUAUGGGUCAUAAGUUUGAGGCGCAUACAUUUCAUCUUCCGACGUGUGGCUGUUUCUCUGUCACAGCAUCUUGUAACAUCCCUCAAGAUCCUAAGAUCCCUCAGGUGCCCCUGUGCCUGAAGCAGACCGUCGAAGAGCCUGAGUGCUGAGAGCCUGUGAGGAUGCGGUGGCAGGGUGAGCCCCCGCACUUGGCUUGAGUACUCGAGGCUGGACCAGGACCGACGUCUAAGGUCUUUCCUGCUUUCACUUUUACCAAGGGCUUUUGUCUUUCUUUUUUAUAGUCUUUGUACUAUAAAAAUAUUUUUGAUAAAGUUUCAAUAGAUUAUCGUUCUGAAAGACAGGUUCUCAGCGAGAGCAUUUCAACAAGAGACUAGACUGCCAGGGUCCACAGGCUCAGGUGGAAGUGUUUGGAGUGGCAGACCAGAUGGAUGCUGUAAUUGCCAUGUUGUCCAAAGCCCAGCCUUGUCUUCUCCAUAACCAAAAUUCAGAUCCCAGCUAAUCAUUUUCUUCAGGUCUCAUCUGUCUUAUAAAGGCAUAUACAUUAA